CACUUUACGACAGUUGUGACAAACCAGAAGUGUGAAGUCAACAGCAGCUGCGGAGUUCUUAGAGAAGAAGACUGGUGGUGUUUUAACCUGGAGACAAACAGAACCCCGACAUGCCCUGAGACAGGAGAGCUCACCUGAGGAACCGGACCGGAACCACGAUGAUAGAAACUAACGUUAGUGCAGGUUCCGACAGCUUCCGUCCGCAGCGCUAGCUCCGGAGCUAAGCUAAGUUAGCCAGAAGCUAGCGGGGCCAGUUUGUCAGCUUGGGUCCCGGGACCAUGUUCAGAGUGUGACAGCCUGAAAAGUUCACCCUGACCCCCCGGGGGCAGACUCUGGACGCGGACUCUAGGCGGGCUCUGAACAGGAUGUGGCUCCAGCAGCGGCUGAAGGGGCUCCCGGGCUUGUUGUCCAGCAGCUGGGCCAGGCGGAUCCUGAUCGGGCUCCUGGUCUUCCUCAUCUUCUACUGGUACUUGGGAGCGGAGCGCAGGUGGAGGCUGUUCGGCGGCUCGGCCAUGCCCGGCGGGGCGGCCGGACAGUGCCUGCUGGCUGAGAUCCACAGGUGGAGGUCGCUGGUGGACCGAGGAGAGGGGAUCUACAGCACGCCCCAGGAGCAGGUGGACUCCCCGUUCGUCUCGGGGAACGGACACAUUCUAAUCGACAUUGACGCGAACAAACUGUGGGUGGCGUCCUCCUCGCAGCCCGGGUCGGCUCCGGUCCACCAGACUGAAUACUCUCCGAGGGUCGGAGUCCACCUGGAGGGGAAGCGAGUCGAGGCUCAGGCUGCCAUGUUGUGGUUCAGGAAGGGGGCCGUGCUGUCGGUUCGCUGCGCCUCCCCUACAGGUCUGCAGUCCACCCGGGACUGUGUCACCAUCAGAGAGGAGUUCAUCGCUCACAGGAGCAGACCCAACGUGUACCUGCAGCGGGUCCACAUCAACAACCCGUCCGACAGGCCCGCCUCCCUGGACAUCUCCUCUGACAACCCGUCCUUCGGCAGCAAGUUCUCCACCAGCGUGGAGAAGCUGGAGGACCGGGACGUGGUUCUGUCCUCCGGCAGGGUCCCUGUGGAGAAUAACCGCAUGGUGCUGGUGGUGGUGGUCACCAAGAAGCUGGGCAGCAGGAUCCAGGUCCCUGCUAAGUCAGAGCACACAGACCACAUCCUGUCCGUGGUGUGGACCUCGGAGCCCAUCGAGUCCUCCAAGCUGGAGGAGACUUUCAGCAGCCUCAGAGACGGAGCCAAGAAGGAGCUGGGGGAGCUGCUGAGGGCCAGCGUGGACGAGCUGGUGGCGGAUCACCAGAAGGCCUGGAUGGACCUCUUCAUUUCAGGUGAGCCAGAAACUGGGUUUUAGGAGAUCAGAGUCCUGUACAUGCGACACACACAGGGAAGACCAUGCAGAAAUCUAUAAGAGGGAACACACCUGUACCUACUGAAGGUGACUCUCUCACACCGGCCUAACGCAGCCUCUGAUCCAGACUCAUUUGUUGUUUUGGAGGCCGUGACCACUGAUAUGAUCUUUAUGGUGGAUCACGCUGUGCAGCCUGUGGAGACGCUGGUGUUGCACAAGUGUGCAUAUCUUCUGCUAAAUAGUGCACAAACAGACAAAUGUGAACCGAGUGAC